CUAAAUAUUUAAAAGAUGUCAUACUUCUCCAAAAUCUCACAGUCAGACUCAGUCUCUUCGUCUGUCAGAGGUGACUUCAGCCCCUGCAGGCUUCUCAGGAACAGGAUACCAGCCGUGAUGCAGCGGGCUUUGUUCAGCCGGAGCGUGUUGCUUGCCCAGCAGGCUGCAGCGGCGCUCGACAGUCCGCUUACCACCAGGAGCGCACCAGUGCUGCAGCGCCUGGACCGCUCUAUGUCUUUGGUCACCAUCCCGCCACCGGCAUGCAUACUCCGACCGCUAGAGGUGCCUCUCCGUUACCUGUUCGGACCAGGACCCUCAAACAUUCCUCCCCGUGUCUUAGCUGCAGGCGGCAGGCCAAUAAUUGGCCACUUGCAUCCAGAAAUGUACGAGAUUAUGAACGAUUUAAAAAAAGGGAUCCAGUACGCCUUUCAGACAGAAAACAACAUGACCAUAGCUAUGAGCGGCUCCGGGCACGCCGCUAUGGAGUGUGCUGUGUUCAACACUGUAGAGCCCGGAGAAAGCGUACUGGUGGCCAUCAAUGGCAUCUGGGGGGAGCGCGUAGCCGAAAUUGCAGAAAGAAUGGGUGCUAAUGUACACAAAAUGGUAAAAGCACCUGGAGGAUAUUUUACCAAUAAAGAAAUUGAACAGGCCAUAGAAAAACACAAGCCUGUCUUGUUUUUCCUCACACACGGGGAGUCCUCAGCUGGUCUCUGUCACCCAGUAGACGGCAUCGGAGACAUAUGUAAAAAACAUAACUGUCUGUUCCUGGUGGACACAGUUGCCUCACUUGGAGCAGCACCCAUUUUUAUGGACAAACAAAAUAUUGACAUCCUGUACACUGGUUCUCAGAAGGCUUUGAAUGCACCUCCUGGCACAGCACCCAUCUCUUUUAAUGACAGAGCUUGCCACAAGAUGUUUAAUAGGAAAACAAAACCAGUAUCAUAUCUCUUUGACAUGACACAUUUGUCCAACUACUGGGGUUGUGAUGGGAAACCAGCCAGAGCAUAUCACCACACUGGUCCUGUCUCUGGAUUCUUUGCCCUGCGGGAGGGUCUGGCAAUCCUUGCUGAGAGGGGGCUGGAGGAGUCUUGGAGAAAACACAAAGAGGUGGCAGCCUACCUGUACCGAGGACUUGAAGAUCUGGGCCUCAAACUAUUCAUCCCAGACAAGGAUAUGAGACUCCCAUCCGUCACCACCAUAGCCAUCCCUGAGGGUUACAACUGGAGGGAGAUGUUGGCCUACAUCAUGAAGCACCACCACAUGGAGAUGACAGGAGGACUGGGCCCUUCCAUUGGCAUGGUGAUGAGGAUCGGAUUGAUGGGAUACAACUGUGAGAAGGCCAACGCUGACAUGGCACUGCACGCUUUGGCAGAUGCUCUCAAGAACUGCAAGAAGAGCAAGGCUUGAUAGCCAAAAUUCCCACAUCAGUGACUGUCUACUCAUUUCUUAGGAAAUGAAAAAGAAAUAUUUAGUGUUCCUACAGUGUUGCUUUUGGCAGCAAUUUUAGUUUUAGUCUUCCUCCUUUGGAUGAAAAUGCUUAUUAGCCCCUGCAUUUCUAUUUGUGAUAGUUUUAGUCCAGUUUUAGUCAACGAAAACUCAAAAAGGUUUUAGUUUACUUUUAAAGAAAAAAAAGUAUUAGUCAUUUUAACACAAGGGCAACUGACGGUCAUUUUGAUCAUUUUGAAAUUUGCAUAUUCAAUAACUUUGUCAAAUAAAAUCAUGAAGUCUUAA